AUGGCGGCGUUCACCAUCCCCACUAUCGACCUCAGUGCAUACUUGCAACACCCUGACUCGUCGGAUGCAGACACGGUCGUCGAGCAGAUCCGGACCGCCUGUGCCACCAGUGGCUUUUUCCAGCUCGUUGGACACGGCAUUCCAAAGCAGCUCCAAGACCAGGCAUUCGCAGCUGCCAGAACCUUUUUCGACCUUCCCGAUGAAGAGAAGCGUAAGCUCAGCGGCAACCCCAGCCGCGGCUACGAGCUCAUUGGAACUCAAUCCCUCGAGCAUGGGAAGAAGCCCGACUUGAAAGAGGGCUUCUUCAUUGGGCGCGAGGUGUCCGGCUCCGGCCUCGUCCCAGUACCGCCGUUCCGCCCCUUUCAAGAGCCGAACGUCUGGCCGAGUACAGACCUGGUCCCUGACUCGCAAUUCAAGACCCCUCUGCUGGAGUACCAUCGCGCAGUAUUAGAUCUGUCAUUCAAGCUGAUGCGGAUCCUCGCAUCCGGCAUGAAAAAUUUCGACACCAGUGUCUUCGCCGAAUUCUGUCAUGAGCCCAUUGCGUCGGUCCGACUGCUUCAUUAUCCUCCUCACCCGGAAACCGACGAUCCGAGUCUCGUAGGUGCCGGGGCACAUACGGAUUUCGGGGCCAUCACACUCUUACUCCAAGAUGGCAAUUCGGGGCUGCAGGUGUUGAACCAGGAGACGAACGACUGGGUGGACGUGGCGCCGCGGGAGGAUGCUUACGUGGUCAAUAUCGGAGACAUGCUGGAUGUCUGGACCGGCGGCGCUUACAAAAGCACCGUUCAUCGAGUCAUCAACACCUCGGGCGCGGAGAGAUAUUCCAUCCCCUUCUUCUUGGAUGGCAAUCCCGACUGUACCAUCCAAUCUCUGGACGCAUCGGGAUCGGCAGGGGAAGGAAAGACCUUUACUGUAGAGCAGCACAUGUUGUCACGCUAUGCUGCCAGCUAUAAAACAUGA